AUGCGUUUCUCUACCCCCAAAAUGCUUUCACCACUAGUUCUUGAAGACACCUCUUCCAGCACCCAAAAUGUCGAUGGUCUGCGACAUUGGUCUUCUCUUCAUGACAUCCCAGAACUCUUGCUUGUUUUCAACAGGCUCGUCAGAGUUAGCAGUCAUGUACUUGACGUCUCUACCCACGAAAGAGGUCGACUGAGCCCACCAGAAGUGACUUAUACCUGCAGCAAGGAGAGCACCGGAGAAACCAGAAAGGACCUUGUGCUUAGCUGGCAUUUGCUUGAAGCCAGUAGACAAAACAGUCAUGUUGGCUGCACCAACAGCCCAGAAUGUGUUCCAGCCAUCGUUUUUCUCUCUCAAGUUGGUGAUCAUGCCUUUGGCUGCGACAGCGACGGUAGCAAAAGCAGUGAAGGUCAAAGGCAAGCUGAGCUUGAAAGUAGCUCUUCUCCAAAUGUACAACCAUGCGUAUGCACCGAAAGUUGUGUAGGCUCCGAGUCUCAACACUUGGAGUGUUCUCUUUGGGGUGUCAACAGGUUCCCACUUGGGGUAAGCGCUGGCAUUGCUGAAGUUGACAAAUGGGUUUGGCCACUUGUUGGUGGCGUUAGGGAGACUAGCACGCGCUUCUUCGGCCAUGGUGUAUGUGAUGGGGUUGGACCUAAGUUGGGUGUGGUUCAGUUGAGGGAGCCAAUAAAGACAAGUGAAAAGGUGAGCAUUGUUUGCAGUACCUCCGUACACCCAGUAGUAGGAGGACGAGAAGGUGGAUCAGAAGUGAAUGCAACUAGGUGA